UCUGUUUCUUUUUUUUUUUUUUCGUAAACAAAAUUUAAUUAGAGAUUAAAUCAUAGAUUUACCUCAAAUAUUAGAACUUUAUUCUCCUAUCUAACCUAUCAAAAAUAUUUUUUUAGCCUGAUUUGGGAAUUGACCAAUAUGCCCUUUUAAAAGUAAAACCUUACCUUUAUUCGUUACGCUUCUCCAUUCCAACAUCGCGUCUGCCUCUCUAACGUCUGCUUUCACGUCGCACCCCCUCCCCUGCUCGCCACCGUAUGCCGUCGCCAAUCCUGUGAAGCCACCGGCCGGAGACCAUCGAUUGCCACAGCUACACCGUCACACCCCAGGAUUUAAAGAAGUAAAUGAAGAAGAAAAAAGGCAAAUGGUUGGCAAUGUCUUCACCAAGGUGAUGUUUGUGAUAUUAAUCCAAAUAUGUUGGAUGUUGGUAAAAAAACGAGCCCAACAAAGAGGGUCCUCAAGAAAGGAGGGAGAUUCCUUUGUCUUGAACUCAGCCGUGUUGAAGCUCCAGUUUUCAAGCAACUUUAUUCCAGUUUUAGGAGAGUUAGUUGCUAAAGAUCGUGACUCUCAUCAGUAUUUGGUUGAAAGUGUUAGACGUUUCCCUCCUCAAGUAUGUUUCGUGGUUUGACUUUAUGUUGACCCAAACAACCUUAAUGAAAACAAUUUUUUAAGGUUUGGUGUAAUUUAUUUAAAUAUAAUUAAAUAGUGAAUGCUUAUGAGAGUGGAGAAUUCUCUUGGGAUUUGUAAGAUAUAAUACAUUCGAAGUUCAUUCAAAUGUAAAUAACUAUAACAUUAUAAAAAUAGACAUCUAGAAAUUACAUUAACCAUUAAAUUUUACCAUAUAA